UCUAUCUUCCUCUCCCGCCACCUGCCCUCAUCUCCCUCCCUUUUACUCUCCUUCCCACUCUCCUCCCUUUAUAAAAUCAGCUCAAAUUCUUUCCCCAUCUCCUCAAUCACUUCAUCAGCAGGAACAGAGUAACUAAUUAGAAAGAGAAUUGAUCAUCAGCUCGUCAAUCGAAUUCUCUGCAAACAGUUAGGGUUUCGCGAUGGCUAGAGAAUGUGGAUACAAGAGGAAGGGCAUCGACCUCGAUUUCGCGCGUGAUGAUUUCUCCGACUUCUCCCUCUCCGCUCCGGCUCUCAAGAUCCGCCGCCUGGCUACUGAGUCGUUGCCUCCGAUAAUGGAGGAAGAGGACGCAGAAAUAGCUCCGGCGAUGUACGAGGCGGAUUCUCCCAUGGUGUCUAUGGAGGAUACGGUUCCGCCGCUGCCUCCGUCGGCCGAGAUGGAGAACCUAGAGAGAGCUCUCGUGGUCUACAAGCCAGCGAACGUCCAUCGUCCGUACUACUCCCCUUCGAGUCUCUCCGUCGCGCUGAAUUCCGGGGCUCUUUCCGGUUUUACGAGGGAUCAAUUUCUCAGAUCAGAAACGAUACUGGUUGAGGAUGAUGAAGCGGGAGCUGGGGAAAGUUACAAAACUUCAGCGAACGGCGGCGGAUGCAUGGCUGUUGUACCGUGGGUCGGUUCAUCUCAGCACUCAUUUGGCAACCAAAUGCGAGAACUCCAUGCUGAAGCACCGGAGUCAAUGGAGGCGGAUGAAACUGGCGUAGCAUCAAUGGACGUCGAGGAAAGCAAUGGUCACGGGAGCAUGGAGCAAGGGAGGCAUUUUGGCAGCAUCGGUGGAGAUGAUGGACUGCGUCAAUGGCAGCAGCACUGCUUCAUCCCGGAGCUGCCUCCCAAUAACCUGACGCCCGUCACCUGGUUGAGAUAACCGGCCAGUUAAGCUUACCCUGCCUCCCCCUCUUUUGUUUUUGAGUUGUUUUUUUGAGAUGCUGAAAUAUUGAGGGAUGGGAUCUAUGGUGCUUGUUCAAGGUAGCCAUGAUUUCUGUAAGUUGUUGUGCAUAGGACUAAGUUGUUCUAGUACUAAGGAGUAGCCUCGAACUGCCGCUGAUGAGCCGAUUUUUUUAUCAAAUUAUUGAUACGGAGGCUGUCAGUAUGGCUAGUUGUUUCAUCUCCAAUGGAAGGUCG